ACCGUUCUUUCACCCGAUGGUCAACUGGGGCGAUCUCAGGAGUGGGCUAAAGCACUGAAAUAAUCUCCCCGACCACCCUAAAUUCGCUUUCGCAAUUGCGUCCACCCUAUCCACAUUUGGCGCGCAUCCGCAUCCGCAUCCGCAGUCGCAAUCGCGGCCACAACCUACACAGCCCGCCCCCCUCCUCCAAACCCCGACAACAGCGAUGCUUUGUUCGGUUCAACCUGCAUGCGAUCUACUGUGACAUGAGAACACUAUUGAAUUCACAGCAGCUUCUGGAACCCUUUUCUCGCAUGGAACGCCACCAUUAAUCUUUCCCUGUCUCGCCUGUCAUGCCCUCAUUAUCCGAGUAUCCCCAUUCUUACGGCCGGUCCACCAUCGCAGGCGAUUCUGGUUCGGAUGACGAUCUCGACCUAGAGGAGCUCGACCCAAGCACGACACAUCUUUAUGGCGCACAUCGUUUAUCGAGGGAAGAAGAAAAUCAGCAAAGGAGUCGUGGUCCGGGCAUAGCGCUGCGGAACCUCCGUGUCGGAGUUGGGAACCGGUGGAAGCGAACCACUUCUGGAACGCAUGGACGGUUGGAGGAUACAGAGGGAUUGCUCGAGGACCAAGACCGCGAUGACGACGGACUCCGAAGGUCGCACGCCAGUUCGCGCACAUACACCGACGAUGAUGCCCCUCUGCUUCACGCACGCCGGCGUAGCUCUGCUCGCUCUCUCAGGGAUGUGGAGCGGUUGUCGCAGAAGGGCCCACGGCGAUGGAUUCCAGGUCUCAAGGCUGCAGGCGCUUGGUUCGGCUCCUCUCACCCUCCAGCAGCAGAGGAUCUGAAUCCGACCGAGACCAAGCCCCCGCGCGAUGUGUUCGUCGGGCAAACGCAGCGGUUAAAAUACCCACCAAACAUCGUAUCGAACGCCAAAUACACUCCCUGGAGCUUUCUGCCCCGUACCCUUUACAACGAAUUCUCUUUCUUUUUCAACAUAUAUUUCCUCCUCGUCGCCUUGUCACAAAUCCUGCCUGUGCUCCGAAUCGGUUACAUGUCUUCGUAUAUCGCACCUCUCGCCUUUGUCGUUUCCAUCUCGCUCGGUAAGGAAGCUUUGGAUGAUAUUGGUCGCCGGCGCAGAGAUGCCGAAGCGAAUGCGGAGGAGUUCACCAUCUUGAGCUUUAGUGGGCCGGCAGGUGUUCUAGAAGUGACGAAGAGAUCAAGGGACCUGAAAGUCGGCGAUGUCCUAAAGGUUCGCAAGAAUCAACGCCUGCCUGCAGACGUAGUGAUUCUCCAGAGUCUCUCUAAUGACACUGCUGCUCGCCAAAGUUCCGCCGUGGAACGACCUUCGAACUUGAUUCUGGACGACCAUGGAGAUGAACCCAGCACAAGCGACGUGACAAGUGAAGCCAACAAUUCCUCGGCCUGUGACACCUUUAUACGUACGGAUCAACUAGAUGGAGAAACAGAUUGGAAGUUACGCCUGCCUUCCCCACUGUCUCAAAGUCUGGCCCUUCGCAACUUUACCCGACUCAAGAUCACUGCAAGCGCACCAGAUAGGCGGGUUAACGAGUUUGUCGGUACCAUCGAGCUAGGAUCCUCUUCUUACGACCCGCACGUGGACAAAUCCAACCACGAGCGAGACCAGAACGAUCAAGAGUCCCAGCCAAACUCCGCCCCUUUGACGAUUGACAACACCGCAUGGGCCAAUACCGUUCUUGCAUCUAAUAGCAUUACUUACGCUGCUAUCAUCUAUACGGGGUCGCAAACGCGCGCUGCGCUGUCAACCUCUCCGUCACGAUCGAAGGUUGGACUACUGGAAUAUGAGAUCAACAACUUGACUAAGAUUCUGUGUAUUUUGACACUUGCCCUUUCAAUAGUUCUAGUUGCGCUGGAAGGGUUUCAACCGACCAAUGACAAGGUCUGGUAUGUCGCUAUCAUGAUUUAUCUGAUCUUGUUCUCGACGAUCAUCCCGAUGAGUUUGCGGGUCAACCUGGACAUGGCGAAGUCGGUUUAUGGCCGAUUCAUUGAAAAGGACAAGGAUAUUCCUGGGACGGUCGUGAGGACAAGCACCAUCCCCGAAGACCUGGGUAGAAUCGAAUACCUCCUUUCCGACAAGACAGGUACCCUGACGCAAAAUGAAAUGGAGCUCAAGAAAAUCCAUGUGGGCACCGUGUCUUACGCCAAUGAAGCGAUGGAGGAGGUGACUUCUUACAUCAAGCAAAGUUUCUCAGGAGACUCCCUCACCACGCCAUCAGCCGUGUUCGGAACGCAAGCGGGCUCCGGGGCGGCACCCCGCACACGAAGGGAGAUAGGCUCGCGCGUUCGAGAUAUCGUCCUAGCUCUUGCGCUUUGCCACAAUGUUACCCCCACUACCGACGAAGAGGAUGGUGUCCAGGUUACUAAUUACCAGGCAUCGUCGCCCGACGAGAUUGCCAUUGUUCGGUACACGGAGGAUGUCGGUCUGAAACUGGCCUACCGCGAUCGACAGACCAUGGUUCUUGAGUCUACUCACACCGGCAACGUUGUUGUGCGUGCUCGGAUUCUCGAAUUGUUUCCGUUUACGUCCGAAAGCAAGCGGAUGGGGAUCAUCGUUCAAUUCGAGACCGAUGAAAGCAUUUUGGACUCAUCCAAGAACGAAAACGAGAUCUGGUUCUAUCAGAAGGGUGCAGACACCGUCAUGACCACGAUUGUCGCUGCUAACGAUUGGCUUGAUGAAGAAACCGCCAAUAUGGCUCGUGAGGGCCUGCGGACUUUGGUGGUGGGAAGGAGGCGAUUGUCCGAGCAACAGUACGCAGAGUUCACUGCAAAGUACAGACAAGCGUCGCUCGCCCUACAAGGGAGAGAUGCAGGUAUGGCCAAGGUGAUUGGCGAGUACCUGGAACGGGAUCUAGAGCUUCUCGGGGUGACUGGUGUGGAGGACCGUCUCCAGAGGGACGUCAAGCCCUCCUUGGAGCUUCUCCGCAACGCUGGAGUGAAGAUCUGGAUGUUGACAGGAGACAAGGUCGAAACCGCACGCUGCGUCGCGAUUUCCGCCAAAUUAGUCGCUCGUGGACAGUAUAUCCACACUGUCGCCAAGGUCAAAGAUAAGUCUACGGCUCAAGAAGCCCUGGAUUUCCUGCGCAACAAGACCGACUGUUGCCUCCUCAUUGACGGCGAGUCCCUUGCUCUCAUGCUGAGUCAGUUCCGCUCAUCCUUCAUUUCUGUCGCCGUGCUCCUUCCCGCCGUUAUUGCUUGCCGCUGCUCUCCGACUCAGAAGGCUGAAGUCGCCGACCUCAUCCGCCACCACACCAAGAAGCGUGUCUGCUGCAUUGGUGACGGUGGUAACGAUGUCUCCAUGAUCCAAGCUGCGGAUGUGGGUAUUGGUAUCGUGGGCAAAGAAGGCCGACAGGCCUCUCUUGCUGCGGAUUUCAGCAUCACGCAGUUCCACCACCUCACUAAGCUUCUGGUCUGGCACGGGCGCAACUCGUAUAAACGAUCCGCCAAGCUGGCGCAGUUCAUCAUGCACCGUGGGAUCAUCAUCAGCGCCUGCCAGACCAUGUAUAGCAUCGCCAGCCAUUUCGAUCCCAAGGGUCUCUUUAUCAACUGGCUCAUGGUGGGGUAUGCGACGAUCUACACCAGCGGGCCAGUUUUCUCACUCGUCUUCGACCGGGAUGUCGAUGAAGAACUGGCCAACCUCUACCCGGAAUUAUAUAAAGAACUCAAAACGGGGCGCAGCCUCAGCUACCGCUCCUUUUUCACCUGGGUCUUUGUAUCCGUCUUUCAAGGGGCGGUGAUUCAGGGCUUGUCCCAGAUCCUCCUCGACACGAUCACGGGCCCUCGUCUCAUCAGCGUCUCGUUCACCGCGCUGGUCAUCAACGAACUUCUGAUGGUUGCCAUCGCCAUCACCACGUGGCACCCUUUCAUGAUUUUCUCGAUCAUCGGCACCGCCCUGGUCUACGCCGCGAGCGUCCCCUUCCUGGGCGACUACUUCGAUCUCGCGUACAUCAUCACCCUGGAUUGGCUCUGGCGCGUCGUCGCUGUUGUCGCCGUGGCGGUCGUGCCUGUCUGGGCCGGGAAACUGAUCAUGCGGUCCUGGAGUCCGCCCAGUUACCGGAAAGUUCGGGGGUGACGGGCCCAUAUUUAUCCUUCUAGACUUGACUCUUUCCCUCUGUCCGGCCACCUCUUGUGAAUUGUCUAGCUAGCCCUGCUUACGGACCGUUGUCCUCAGCGAUCAAUCAAUCCUCCUACUUAAUCUCAAGUCCAGUGGGCUGCUUAGCUAGCACACCGCGGUCCAUAGACACAUUCCGAAAUGGCACACGACUACAUCCCAG